AUGGGAUGUGGCAGCUCCACAGACAACGUGGUCCAACCUCUGAGAUCCGACGAGGAUGAGACCGGGAGUAAACACGGCGGCCGUGGAGACUCGGCCGUGUCAAAGGGCACCGCAGACAGCGGGGUGGUGAUGGAGAACAGAGAGAUACUCGAGUUACCUGGAGCUGUGCCCAGAAAACCCCUCUUACCGACAUUGGCCAGAGAAAACGAGGCGGACACCGACCCGGGCUCGCUGCAGCACGAGCGUCAAAGGUCCAGUGAGAUCCUGGAGGAGCUGCUGAACCAGGGCAUCAUUCCAGUGUACCAGACCAGAGAGAGGGGCAGCGGGACUGGAGAGGCCUACAAUAUCAUGCUGGAUAACAGGGAGGGGAUCAGGCGAAAGCCUCCUGCCAGACUAGAGUCUCUAAAAGCCAAGAAAGAGCAACGUCUCCCCAACAGAGAAGAGCUUGAGGAGAAGAUCAAACUUGCUGAAGAGAGACGCAAGUUAAAGGAAGAUGAGCUCAAGGCACGUUUGAGGACCAAGUCGGCCCGUGUUCGUGGACCUAUCCCCACCUCCAAGACUGAGGAGAACGAGGACACAACCGUCACUCUCGUGGAGCCUCUACAGUCACCUCUCACACCCAACCUGAGUCCAGCUCCGCUGCUUUACAGCCAGAUCAUACAGAGGAUAAGUGAGGAUGGUGAUGGGGCAAAGAAGGAGGAGAUGGAGGAGGAGGAGGAGUUGACCCAGGUGGAGGAGUUCAAGGUGGGUCCGCUCCUCUCAGCCUUAGAGGAGCUGGAGAACGACGACAGUUUUCUACGUGCAGAAGACAAAGAAUACGUAUUUUAA